AUGUCCAAGCAGCACGGAUAUGUGAGCGAUUUGCUCAUUGCGCCAGAGAGCACCGGCAUGGAAUAUGAUCGAUUAGGGAACUCCGGCCUGAAAGUCUCCAAAAUCAUUCUGGGUGCCAUGAGCUACGGCAGCAAAGACUGGGUGAAGUGGGUACUUGAAGAGGAUGAGGCACUGCCUUUGUUAGAGCAUGCGUACAAAGCCGGCAUUAACACAUGGGAUACAGCGGAUCUCUAUUCAAACGGCCGCAGCGAAGAGAUUAUUGCCAAAGCAAUGGAAACGUACAAGAUUCCGCGUGGGCAUCUUGUUAUCAUGACCAAGUGCCGCUUUGGAACAAGCGAGAAAGGAGAGUCGCAGUUGUCUGUGUAUGCAGCAUCCGUCAACGAUGGAAAAAUGGUCAACCGGGUCGGACUAUCGCGAAAACACAUCUUUGCCGCCGUGCAAGCAAGCAUGGAACGUCUUGGGACAUAUGUAGACGUCCUCCAGAUCCAGCGUAUGAACCCUGACGUGCCAAGAGAGGAGAUUAUGAAGGCACUGAACGACGUGGUGGAGAAAGGGUGGGUUCGCUACCUAGGCGCUAGUUCUAUGCCGACUUGGGAGUUCCAAGCUCUACAGAAUGUAGCUGAGAAACAUGGCUGGCACAAGUUUAUCAGCAUGCAGAACUACUACAACUUGCUCUACCGUGAAGAGGAGCGAGAGAUGAUUCCGUACUGCAAUGCCACUGGCGUUGGUUUGAUUCCUUGGUCUCCCAAUGCUCGCGGGCUCCUAGCGCGCCCAUGGGGAUCUCCCAAUACGUUGCGAGAGGAGCAUGAUGCCACCCUUGCCAGGCUAUUCGACAAAGACAAUAAAGUUGACGAAGCUAUUGUCAAGGCGGUUGAAGAGGUAGCAAAGGCGAGAAGCCUCUCGAUGGCGACAGUCGCAGCAGCCUGGUGCCUUCACAAAGGCGUGAAUCCAAUUGUAGGUUUGAAUUCGAAGGAGCGCAUUGAUGAGAUUGUCGGUGCAACAAAGGUGACCUUGACGAAAAAGGAGAUCGACAAGUUGGAGGCGCCUUAUGUCGCAAAGUCUGUGACCGGAUUUUAG